AUGGAUGGUGGUUUUAACUACCUGUACAUGUGCAAAGUGUGGUGUCCUUUCUCCUCAUUUCUUCAUCUGACAUUGUCUCCACAGCCGAUUGUGAAGUGUGUUGGAAAGGAGGACAUCCAAGAAAGUAAUGCUGUCAAAGCUGUUUUGGACACAACAAACUGCGAGGACACCAAGACUAUUAUUGAAGCAAACCCUGCAGUCUGGUGCCACACAGAAAACUGUAAUGUAGAAAUCUUCCAAGACGGCAACAAUGCGCUGGUGGGCAGCAGUGAUGCUCAAUUGAGUACAUUGUCUGCCGCACUCCAGAGUGAACAUUUGAAAUCCAAGCUGGGUGUGAAAAAGACUGACAUCCCAUCAUCAUCAGGUUCUUCUGUAUUUGUGGGAAUACUGGUCACUGGCCUGCUUGCUGCAAUUGCAAUUACUGUAGGUUACUUCAAAUGCCAACGCAGGGGUGACACCACCAAGGGGGUGAGGCUGGCAGAGGAAGCUUAUCCAGUAGAUCAGGAAAACCAGGGGAACACUCUUGUAUCCGUGGCCCCCCUCAACCCUCCUCCAGAAACCCAGGAGAAACCCAGUGUAAAUGGAGAGUCCCCUGAAGCAGCCAAGACCGAGCCUCCUCCCACCAACGGCCACUCCACCACCAAGACAGCAGACACCGAGCUGUGAAAUAGUCUACAAAUAACUGCAGCCCAUGACAAUACCCCCACAAACACAUCCACCCACAAACACACACACGCGCCUCUGCAUACUCACCUCCCUUUUUGAAUCCACUCAUUCCCAACCCAAAGAGUGUCCAUAGCAAAGUGGACAUCAGGGACUGGAAGAAUGUCCUACACUCUUGUUGUUAUAGUCCCCUUGUCCCGUCCCUUUCUUUGGCUGUGUGCCUCAACAAAAAUCAGGAAAACUAGUCUGAUGAUGAUGAUGAUGAUAAUGAUACUGGCGGUGAUGAAUAAUGAUGAUGACGACGAAGGCUCAUUCCCCGGGUUGUUGAUGGCACUCAUGCUGGAGACGAGAGACAGGAGAUGGGCGGUGGCUUGGAAGAAGGUGUAUUCUUGGAUUAAUCAGCACUGGCUCCCAUGAUGACUGCAGUCUCUGGAAUCACAACCAUGUGCUGUCAACACCCAUCAGCAGCCAUCAGGUUUAAAGCUCCAAAGCCUCCACUAGAAAAUAUAGCAUUAGCACAUAAAUGAAAUAGUUCCUUAGUUUAUUGUAAAGCCAUGGCAGACGGCGAGGAAAUAAAUCACACUGCCUUGAAAUCUGUUUACAAAAGUCUCAGAGAGGAAAUCCAUUGGGCUCUGAUCUUGUUUGUCUGAUUGAGUUAUUGAUUGUGUAGGUGUGCGAAAGUGUGUGUAUGUGUGUGUGUGUGUGUGUGUGUGUGUGUGCGCUGCUUUCAGACCCUGUAUGUGUGUGUGUAGACAUAUACGUGCACCUGUACUGUGCAUGGACUGUAUAUAUCCAUACAUGCAUCCAAGCCCCCUCUCCCUUACUGUAUGUGUGCAUAUUUGUUGAUGAGUGGUAGGCUAUAGCAUGUGAGUAAGUGAUGUGUCUAAAUGUGCAUGAGACAUAACCCAUGAAAAAUGUGUACAAUUUUGUAAAAUGAGUUGACAAAGUGAUGGCUCACAGUUGCAGUUGCUCCUUGUGCUUAGGAGAAUUGAGAAUUGAAGUUUUACUCCCACCGAUGAGAGAGAGCCACCAGGUAUUUUCCAAUUCAUCACUGCAACCUGAAGUGAGAUCAAUCACAAAGCCAACAGGCCUCGUUGAUGUAGCUUCAUAGCCGAUGCUGAAAAUCAUGUGACUGACUGUAUGACCAACUAACUCAUAAAGGCCUCGGCCACGUAAAGCAAGGACAGCUUCUUACUGUCUGCUCUGCCCAUCCACUUGUCAGUGUUAUUUUCUUUUCAAUAUACUGUAUAUGCUCUUUUUUUAUCAGUAUUCUAAUGAUCAUGUGUAUAGUAUGGUGACUAUUUUUGUCUUGUUUUUAUUCUGUGUACCCACUUUUUGUUAUAGUCCUACUAUGUGCCAAAGAAUUUCAUUUCACUGCUUAUGUUGAGCUAAAAUAUGUACUUUGUGGCACCUUCACAAUGUUUAAUCCAUGUCAUGUAACAUAAAUAAAGGUAUUCAAGGACUAUGACUUUUAGACAAAAGCAUCUAGUGGCCCAUAUCUGUGAUUAGUUUGUACUGUUUCUGAUUUAAACACACCAAGAAGCUGCAAAGUUUAAAACUGCAACAAAAAUAUGGAUGUUUUACAUUGAUUUCUCCUUUCAGUUCAUUUUAUAUCUUUUCAUUCCUAACAUUCCAAUGUGACUGUUUGAUUUUACUAGCACGCUGAAGUGUAAAAUUGGAUUUAACAUUUUAAAAAAAGAAGAAAAAUAAAUAACUGUUU